CAUUCAUUCCCUGCUCUUCUCCUCUCUUCUAUAUACAUUACCACAUAUCUCAACCCCCUCUCAUUCUUCAUUCCUUUCUUCCAUCGCCCCACCCUACCUCUCCUUGUCUCUUCCUCCUUUUGCUUACCACUCUCGUGCAUAUUUUUAUGCUCUUGUAUUAUUCCUCUGUGCUUUUGGUAUAAGCGAACCUUCCAGAGAAGAAGAGAAAUAAUAAUAGCUUUGAGCUUGCGUCCUGUUUGUGUUACCACUCAGGAGGGAAAACUCUGAGCUUCUCCGGAUAAAUAGUGUGGCCAUUCCCAUUUUUGGCUUCCCAGUAAAUUAAUAAUGGUGGGUAUCUUCUCCUUGGUAACGGGGAGGCCUGGUCCCAGUGGGUUUGGAUCUGCUUCCACUGCUGAACAGGUUACUGAAGGAAUCGAUGCCGCCAAUCUCACUGCCAUUGUCACAGGAGGAGCAAGUGGUAUAGGUUUGGAGGCGGCGAGAGUCUUGGCUCUUCGAAAGGCCCACGUCAUCAUUGCUGCGAGGAACAUGGAGGCUGCGAAGGAAGCUAAACAGCUUAUUCUGCAAGAGAAUGAGUCAGCUCGGGUGGAUAUUCUCAAGCUUGAUCUCUGCUCAAUCAAGUCUGUCAGAUCAUUUGUUGACAAUUUCAUCGCUCUUGAUCUUCCUCUCAACGUCUUAAUAAACAACGCUGGUGUCAUGUUCUGCCCCUUCCAAGUCUCUGAGGAUGGGAUCGAGAUGCAGUUUGCUACUAAUCAUCUUGGUCAUUUCCUAUUGACAAACCUCCUUCUUGACAAAAUGAAGCAAACUGCAAAAGCAAGUGGAGUCGAGGGCAGGAUUAUCAAUUUGUCAUCGAUUGCCCAUACCUACACUUAUGAAGAGGGUAUUCGCUUUGAUAAGAUCAAUGAUCAAAUUGGGUACUCUGACAAAAAAGCAUAUGGGCAGUCCAAGUUGGCCAAUAUAUUGCACGCAAAUGAGCUUUCUCGUCGCCUGCAGGAAGAGGGUGUGAACAUUACGGCCAACUCAGUCCACCCCGGAGUUAUAAUGACUCCUCUUAUGAGACAUUCUUCCUUCCUUAUGCAUUUUCUCAAGUUAUUUACCUUUUUCAUAUGGAAGAAUGUCCCACAGGGAGCAGCCACUACAUGUUACGUUGCCCUGCACCCAAAAGUGAAAGGUGUGAGUGGGAAAUACUUUCUGGAUUGCAAUGAGUUUCAACCAAGUGCUUUCGCCACAGACAAAGUGUUAGGGAGGAAACUGUGGGAUUUUAGCAACAAGCUGAUCAAGUCUGUUUCAGAAGAUUGAGUGCAGCUGCUCUUCGCCACCCAAGCUUCUUCCCUAUAAGUUCAUUCAUAAGUUAGCAGUUUAUGGUUAUCAAUUCUGGCACUGGGUAUUUUUACGAACACUUUUUAUGCAUAUUUUGUCUUUUGACUCUGCGCGUAAUAUGAGCCACAAAUUUGACAUCACAA